AUGGCCUCGUUUCUUAGACGAUUCACUACUUCCGCCUCGGCGGGUAAAACAAUGUACUUCACUCUCGCUAUUGCUUCUGCUCUUCCAGUGUACGCCGUGCUGAACGAGAAUUCUGCUGCUGCUUCUCCUUCUGGGUCGCUCAACUCCAGGGCGAAUGUUUUCUUUGAUGUAGCCAUCAACUCCAAGCCAUCCGGGCGCAUCGUGUUCCAGCUAUUCGACGACACAGUCCCCAAAACCUCGCGCAACUUCCGCGAACUCGCGACAGGUCAGCAUGGGUUCGGAUAUGCCGGAAGCAUCUUCCACCGAGUCAUUCCCAACUUCAUGUUGCAAGGUGGCGACUUUACAAACCACAAUGGUACCGGCGGAAAGUCGAUUUACGGACCUAGAUUCGCAGACGAAAACUUUGCGCACAAGCACAGCGAGCCUGGGCUGCUUUCCAUGGCGAACGCCGGACGCGACACCAACGGCUCGCAAUUCUUCAUCACCACCGUGAAAACUCCCUGGCUGGACAACCGUCACGUCGUCUUCGGCAAAGUCGUCGAAGGUAUGGAGGUCGUCAAGGCCAUUGAGAAGACCGGCACGGAGAGCGGGAGGCCAACUGCCAAAGUCACCAUCACGUCGUCGGGGACUGUUGAGUAG